AUGAGUUUAUCUAGUGAAUCAAAAAAACAGUUAUGCGAAUCAUUACAACAACAGUGCCUAAAUCAAAAAUCGGCCGAAUAUAAUGAAGCAAAAAGGCUUUUUACAGGUUUAACGGAUCUUGAUUAUAAACCUGGUCAUAGAGAACAUAUGUUUUAUAAAUACUGGCUUGCAUCUGGUCAUACCAGCUCUUCUGAUAGAAACGAUACAGCGCUUUUAGAUGCAUAUCGACCUGAAGAAAUUCAUUCCCAAUAUAUAAUUCGGACAGCAGGAAAAGGUUAUACAGUGAUCAAUCAUCCUAGCGAAGUUUAUAGAAUACCUGAUACUCAUGAAUGUAUCGAUGGGAACCAGCCCCUCCGCUUAAUUAUUGAUAUUGAUGCAAGGCAAAAACCAGAUCCUUCCGAUCCUAAAAUUCCUUCUCUAGAUAGUGAAAAAAUUAAUCGUGGAGAUUUGAUAUCUAGAAUUUUAGUCGCUUGUGCAGAUACAUUAAGCCUUAUUCCAGGAUGUAUACCUUUCUUAAAUUCUUUUGCAUUAGCAAGUUCAUCGAAUGCUGAGAAAUGUAGUUGGCAUAUUAUUUAUCCUCAUGCUCGAUUUAUAGAUUAUAGAGAACUUAAAGGCUUUACUGAAAAAGUUAUGGAAUUAGUAGGAAAUCCUUACUCGAAAUUCAUUGAUGUUGGCCUUCCCAAAUCACGUUUUAGUCUUCGGCUCCUUGGAUCAGCAAAAGAAGGACGCAUAAAAAGACCUGCUAUCUCUUCUCCAGUAAAACAAGAAUUCCAACCUAUCGACGAUGAAAAUGCCUUGGUUAAAGGGGCUAAUAUGGUUAUUGAAAAAUAUGGGUGGCUCCAGAUUGGAAGAACUGAGAAAGGAUUCGUAAGCACAAUUGAUCAACUCUAUGGAUUUAUUCGAAAAAAUGGAGAUUUCGUACUUAAAUGUUAUCGCCAAAAACAGUACAAGCUGGAUCAUAAGGGACUGAGCUUCGGCAAGGUAUCAGAUAAAGUCGAAUCAGGAGUGAAACCCAAGAAGUGGGGAUUGAUUGAAAGAUUACCCAAGGCUCUAUCAACUCCACGUCAAUUUCCCGAAUUACCUGGAAAAAGUAUUAAUGUAAAAGAAAUGGAGGAUGCCUUAGAUACUUUUCCAGACUUCUUAAGUGAAGAGCCUAGCACCACUCUUAUUCGUUCUACUGUGGGUACUGGAAAAACAAAAACACUAAGAAAAAUUUUGGCAUCUUUAGCUCAAAGUAGUGCCAAUUUACCUUGUACUAUAUGGGUUUCAUAUCAUAAAACCCUUAGCAAUGAAUCCGAAGCUAAACUUAAAGAAUUGGAAAAAUUCGAUUUCAGAGUAGGGCAAUAUCAGAAUAUUGUGGCUGACUUAAAGACGCGUGAUUGGGACCUUAUUAUUGUACAGGUUGAAAGUAUUCUUCGUCUUGAUUUUCAAGGGGGCCGUUCUUGUAUAGCAAUUUUAGAUGAAGCAAAUGCCACUAUGCGUCAAAUGGCUAGUGGAGUUCAUGCUCGAGAAUCUGCUAAUGCCAUGCGCGAUUUGUUAAAUAAUGUUUGGGUUAUUGACAACAAAUAUCAACCACAUAAAGGGGAGAUUGUUAAAUUUCUUUACGAUCCGGAUAAAGGUUCAGAAGGUAUACAUAGAGGGUUUAGGAUGCUUCAAGAAGAUGAUUUUGCUAAUAUUGAUGCCACUUGGAGUGCUCUUGACUGUGUAAUUUAUACAAGCACCGUAGAAGCUGGCAUCUCCUUUGAAAUAUCUGGUUAUUUUGACACAGUUAUAGGAAUUACUAAUAUUGCCACUCCAGUUCAUGUUGAAGCGUUUGCUCAGAUGUUGUUCAGAAUCUGUGACUGCCCAUUAUGUAUGGUUUCCCUUUAUCAUAGCAAAAAAUUCGAUAUUUUCAAAGAACCAUGUCGAGAACUCAUUCAGGCUGAACUUUCAGCAUUAAGACCUGGAGACUUACCAACAAUAAUAAAAGGCCAGUGUGCAUGGGAUAAAAUUACUGAUUGUUAUGCACUUAAUUUAUCUCCAGCAGUGGAAACUUAUAUUGAAGUUGAAUAUCAGAGACUCUUAUCAGCCAAAUAUUUUCCCGAGAUUCUUUGCAGUCUUAUUGCUAGUACUGGAGCAACACUUGAAUUAAUUUUAGUGGAAGAUACUGAGAAAGUCAACAGGAAUAAAAUUUCUCAUACUAUUAAAAAUACUGAGAAAAAAAUUAAAGGUGCAGAUGCAGAAUCAAUAGCUAAUGCUCCAGAUAUUAGUCCCAAUGAAGCUGAAAUUCUUAAGCAAAAUCCUAUACGCUCUUUUGCUGAUAACAUGACUUUACAACGUCACUAUUUAUGGAGAAUAUAUGCUUCAGAUUUUGUGGAAAGAUAUAAUAAUCCUGAACCUUUACAACAUUUUAGGAGGCUGGCAUAUUUUAGAAGACAAGGUUAUAAUGCAAUAAAUUCUAUAGAAAAUCUAAAAAUCAAAGAAGAAAUGCAAUGGGAAGAUUCACAUGAAUCUAUAGAUCCGUCCUCAGUUGAUUUGCAUAAAUUUUAUUCAGUAAAACAAUGGGAAGCAGUACAUAAUCUUGUCCAAUCGAUAGGUUUUAGUGAUAUUGAUGACACAAAUAUUCUUUCUGGUGAUGAUGUAGCUAAGACUUUUGAGCAAUCACAGGAAAAAAUCAUUAAAAUUCGAGAAGAUGCAUUGUUACUCUUCAGUUUUAAGACCAGAGCUAAAGGAACACCAGAUCUCAAUGCUACAAUAAAAUUUAUUAAUGCAAUACUAGAUAAUGGAGCUGGUUUUGAAACUAUAGAAAGAAUAAUAGCUAUAAAAUCAAACGAUCCUAAUUAUUACCCUACAAAUCCAAUUCUUCCACCAUAUAAACCUGAAUCGGUCAAUGAAACUCAAGAACUUUUCGAUUCUAUACCCAUGUGUCUUGACACUAGCUCCGCUAUUACUACUGAUAUCACCAUUUCAAAAUCUAGUAAUAAGGUUUGUGAAAAGAGUUCUUGCAAUAACAUAGUCGAAAAAUCUAUGACAAAUUUACCACAAUUGUCCUCUAUAGUAUUGGCUCAAAAUCAAUCAAACAAUUUCGAGCAAUUUUCAAACAUUACCGAAACUAGGAUUGAAAUACCUGAAUCUUUAACUUCUCUAUCUUCAGAAUUUCUUAUUAAAAAUGAAUCUGAUAUAGAUACUCUUAUCUUUUAUUUACAAGAAAAAUUCCAAAUGUCAAAAGAAAAAUUAGAACAAUGGCGAGCCAAGAUUACCUUUGAAAUGCGGGAUAACCAUAAUUAUUGGAAAAAAGAGCAUGAAAGCAUGAAUGAAGCCGAGUUCUUGGAAUAUAAACAAAACUUUGAGGCUAAAAUGAAA